UUUUCGCGAGCGAAAACGCAGCGAUGGGGAAGUGUCGUUUUAAACCAGGGAGGUUAAGUGAAUAUUCCUGGAUACAGAAAACAAAUGACAUUCGUAAAGCACAUUGUCGGGUCCGUAUGAAGACCAUUGAUGUCGGGGGAAUGGGGGAAAGCGCUUUGAAAAGCCACGAGAAAGGGGAAACACAUAAAGAAAACAUGAAAUUGAGAAGCAAACAGGGUUCCUGCGAUGUGUUUUUUGUGAAACAGGAAGGUGCUAUAGUUAAAACCGACAUAAACAACAACAGCCCAUCUGUGUCAAACCAGGAAGGUACAUCCGCAGAGAGUGUGCAGAUAGAAGAUAAUCAAAUUCCAGGAUCUUCGCAAUCAUCAGCAGCAGUAUCAAACUCGCAGACAUCAAUAGACAAAUUCGUUUCAAAAAAUAAUAUGUUGAAAGCGGAAAUAUUGUGGGUAUUGCAUACAGUUUGCACACAUCAAUCAUUCAAUUCCAAUAAAAACAUUACAAAGUUAUUUCAGGUUAUGUUCCCUGACAGUACCAUAGCAAAGAAAUUUUCUUGCGGAGACCGCAAGACAGCAUAUGUUGCUGUUUUUGGGCUAGCUGAACAUUUUAAAACUUUACUUGAUAGUUCCAUAAGUGGACCAUACUCAGUGUCUUUUGAUGAAAGUCUAAACAAGAAAGACCAAUCCAAGCAAAUGGACAUCCAUGUUCGGUUCUGGGACGGAAGUCAAGUCGUUACAAGAUACUACACUUCCGAGUUUCUUGGUCAUGCCACAGCCACUGAUAUGUUAGACCAUUUCUGCAAGGCUGUGUUGUAUUCCCUCAAGCCGGCUGAUAUGAUUCAGGUUUCCAUGGAUGGUCCAAAUGUAAAUUGGAAGUUCUAUGAUCUGCUUACGGAAAAAUUAACCCAUGAACAUCAAACAAAGCUAGUGAAUGUCGGGUCAUGCGGACUUCAUACGGUCCAUAAUAGCUUUAAGGCGGGAGCUGAUGCAACAGGGUGGAAAAUUGGUGAUAUCCUUACGAGCUUGUACUACCUCUUCAAAAACACACCAGCCAGGAGAGAGGACUUUACUAAGAUAACUGGAAGCACACAGUUUCCCUUGAAGUUUGCAAAUCAUCGGUGGUUGGAAAAUGUUCCGGUGACUGAACGGGCCAUAUCACUGUGGGACAACAUGCAGCAGUAUAUUCAGGAGACAGAGAAGUCAAAAGCACCAACCUGCAAGUCGUACGAAGUCAUUAGGACAGCAGUGAAAGAUCCACUGAUUAUCGCUAAAUUGCAUGUUUUCAAGUCUGUGGCUAAGUUGUUGGACCCAUUCCUCUCUGACUUUCAAACUGAAGCUCCUAUGGCCAUCUUCUUGGGUACUAGCUUAGCAGAAACUAUCAUCAGCAUUUUGAGACGGUUCAUCAAACCUGACAUUAUGGAGACAAUUACCUCAUCCAAUUUGGGUAAUGAAAUAGACCCAUCUGAUAAGACACUGCAUGUUACAUACAGUAAAGUUGAAAUUGGCUUUCAGGCAGAAAAAGCUUUGAAGGAUGCUCAGCCUAAAACCUCUGAAAAGCAAAGAAUGGAGUUUCGUAUGAGUGCGAAAGACUUCCUGGAAAAAACUUCUCAGAAAAUUCUGGAGAAAUCUCCAGUUAAGUACUCUCUGGUGAGAAACCUUUCCUCACUGGACCCAAGAAUGAUGGCUGGAAAACCUGAAAAGUGUAGGAAACAGUUCAAAAGGUUAGUUCACCAUUUGAACAGUCUGCAUAAGGUUAAUGAUGAUGAUUGUGACAAAGUGUAUGAGGAAUACAAUAAACUUAUUGAUAGAAUUCCAUUGAUAGGUGUGAAAACAUUCUCUGAAUUUGAUCUUAAAAAGGAUCGGUUGGAUGCAUUCUAUGCAAAGAUACUGACAAAUGACUUUGGACAUCUGAAAAAUGUGGUAUGUCUUAUACUUGUACUCUGCCAUGGUCAGUCCGAUGUUGAAAGGGGAUUUUCUGUAAAUAAAGAGUUGGUGGUAGAAAAUCUUGCGAAGGAAACUUUAAUUGGACAAAGAAUCAUAUGCGAUUAUGUUAAAACUGUUGGCGGUGUUAUGAAUGUUCCCAUAACUAAGGAUUUGCUGAAAUCAGUUCAGUCUUCGAAUGCUAAGUACAAUGCACAUUUGUCUGUAGAAAAAGAGAAAAAGUUGUCUGAAGAAAAGAAAUUAAAAAGGAAACUAGAAACUGAAGAACUUAACAAACUGAAAGACAAAAAAGCAAAACUUGAAAAUGAUGUGGUCAUGUUGGAGGUGAAAACUGAAAAACUUAUGGAGAAAGCUGAAGCAACUAGAAAUUUUGCUUUUGUCACAGAAAGCAAUAUUUUAAGGAUGGGUUGUAAGGAUAAGAGGAGACAGCUGGAAGAACUGGAAAAGGAAAUCAAAUCUGUGAAAGACAAAAUGUUAGAGUAACUAAUUUCUAUUUAGAUGAAAUGAACUAGUCAUUUUGAUGUGAGCAUAGAGAGAGACAAUGUGUUUGUUCGUAAGAACUUUAAAAAGUAAAUACAUAUGUGAGACUCAUUGAGUUAAGGAUGGAUCAUGUAUGUGUAUAAUUAUAAGUAGAAAUAAUAUGUAUGAGUUAUUGUUAAAUAAGUUUUAUUUGUGUUUGAGCAAAUAAAUGAUAUUUACUGUGACAA